AUGACCAACCAACUAGGCUCAAUUUGGGAUAUUCGAGACGAACUCGUUACGACGGGAACUUGGACGCAAGAACUUCGUAACCGAUCGACCUUGACGAUAACGCCCCUCACUUCCCCGCAUGCUUCCCUACUGUGCCAGCUCCCCAGCUCCCCAGGUAUAUUUGAAAGUCUUGCGGAGGACCAGGUUUCGUCUGCACCCCACAAACGCCGUUUCGAAUGUCGAUCUCGGCUUUUUGGUCGUCCCGAGCACUUGUGUCUGUUCUACAUGGCGAAAUUUCGAUCCAGAGACGGCUGCGCAACCUGUCGAGCGCGACAUGUGAAAUGUGAUGAAGUACAACCAGUGUGCGGCCAGUGCAAGAAACGCGAUCAGCCCUGCUUACGCGGACAACCGCCGAGUAUCAAGUUUCGUGAUAUCCAUCAGCGCAGAGGGGCCUCCACCGCGUCGUCGUCGACGACGACAGCGACGGGAUCUGGGACAUUCAAUCACCGGUUCAGUACAGCGUACAGCGAGACCUCACUGGGUGUUGUGAAUCAGUCCCCCUCUAGUUGUCCAUUCUCUCCAUCCAAUCAAUACGAGCAAGACGUUCUACGGUCAACAUCUGGGACGCUCGCAUCACCCAGAGAGUCUCUGCUUAUAACUUCGACCGAUGAUACAAAUACAACAAACUCAUGGCCCGACGACUACCCCUUGAUACCUGGGUCGGAGCUCUUCACAAGCAAUAGUAUUUCGAUCUCGCAGUUAUUGCAUCCCGCAUCCCUUUCACCAGAGUCACAACACUGGAUCCCAUCCCUGACCAGUGCUGUUCCCCAGUAUUCAUCAGUCACUCACCAGCAAGGAUGUCUUAUUCACCACUACAGCGAGAAUCUUGGCCGGUGGCUUGAUUGCACCGAUGCGUCACGCCAAUUCACUCUUAAGAUUCCAGCCAUGGCGAAGACUUCACCGACGCUUCUCCAUGCAGUCAUGUCUGUGGCGGCAAGGCACAUGGGAGACACAGAGGCUGCUGAACAGGCACAUCAAGCAUGCGUCAAACUCCUCGUAGAACAACUGACUUCUGGAACUGUGGCCGAUGACGAUGCACUCCUAUGCGCCAUCGUCAUUCUACGUGUCUUUGAGCAGCUCAAUGUGAUGGUUACGGGUUUGGAUCAGGAACAACAUCUCACCGGCUGUUCCGCUCUUAUACGCGCGUCACAACCCUCAUCCAUAGACCCCUCCUCCCCAACGCUGCGACAAGCUGCGUUUUGGAUAUACGUCAAGCAAUGCCUCUACAACGCUUGCGUGAAUCAGCAGCCGCCAAACGUAGACAGAAGUCUCACACUCCUGCCUCCGCCCGUCAUCGUCGAAAGUGAUACUCUCAGCCGACUGCGCGCCGAGACCGCGUGGGCAAACACGAUGGUUUGGAUGUGUAGUACAGUCCUUCACUUUUGUUUUGGCACAGGCACCACGGAUCCGAUUGCCCGACUCGGUGAGUGGAAACAAUUGACAGAGGCUCUUGAGAACUGGAAAAAGACCAGACCUGCCACCUUUGACCCGGUAUGGCACGGACAGGCAGACGAGGGAAGCUCGAAUCCUUUUCCCCAGUAUUUUUUCACCGCUGAUUGGCAUGUGAUGGCCUUUGCCUACUAUCAUCUUGCUUGUAUGCUCUUGACCAUGUACAAACCCACCCGGUUUGCUGUGCGAAGGAUGCAUGGCCGGCUUUGGGAAUCAGAUGCCAAAGUAGUCGAGCAUGCACGAUCCAUCUGCGGCGCAUGUAAAAACUCCCUUGCGACGGUACCAAUGCUCAUAACAUUGUGCCAUGCAGUAUUUAUAUGGGGCCCACUUAUGGUCGACCAACGCGAACGCGACGGCGUCAUUGAUCUACUCCUAUAUCUCCAGAAGACACACUCCUGGCCCACCGCUUGGAUAAUCAGUUCUUUGAAAGAGGAAUGGGAAAUGCCUUAA